AUGGACCUUGUUGUUCAACGGGGCCUCAAACAUAAUGGGGCAUGGGAUUGGGGUUGUUUUAAUAUAUCCGAAAAAAAAGGUUCAUACUUAUCACAACGCGCUUGUGUUUUGAUUAUACCAAUAAUAUGGCAGAAUAUGAAGCUUGUGCCAUGGGAAACUCGAGAUAAGAAGUUAAUACUUUAUUUUACCUACAUAAAAGAAUUGUCAUUUGAAUUUGACAAAAUCACUUUUCACCAUGUCCCUCAAGAAAACAAUCAAUUGGCUGAUUUUUUGGCUACUUUAUCAUCUAUGUUCCAAAUAAAUCGAAACAAUGAAUUCCCAUCAAUUAAAAUGGAGAGUCGAGAUCAUCAUGCCUACUGCAACGUAAUGGAAGAAGAGACCAACGGAGAACCGUGGUAUCACGACAUCAAACAUUAUCUUAAAAAUAGAGAAUAUCCUCCCGAAAUAUCAGAGAACGAGAAAAGAACUCUGAGACGGUUAACUGCGAGCUUUUUUGUGAACACAAACAUUUUGUAUAAGAGGAAUCACGAUAUGGUACUCCUCAGAUGUGUUGAUGUCAAUGAGGCAAAAGAAAUUCUAUAA